AUGCCGCUACGACCUACGCUUCCUCUUCGGCACGAAAAUCCUCAUCUGAAGACUCUCGAUUCGGACAAAUUACCACCUGUAAAGUAUCAAAUGCUUGAUCGUGACGGACACGAGGUUUUGGUUGGUCGGAUGAAGAUUCCAACGCCUACGGGACAUGCAUUCAUACUUCGUCGGUUUGACACUGGCGCCAUCAGCCUCACAACGAUGUUCCGCGCUGCAUUUCCCACCGCUGGCGACAUCGAGGAGAAGAAGGAGAUAGCAUGGGUGAAGGAGGCAUAUGACCUCUCAGGGAAUAACGGCUCUCUCAAAGAGCCUACAAUCAUCAGACUGGCGGGUACUUGGCUCAGCCCCGAAGUAGCUCUGCUUCCCGACUUUGCAGAAACGUAUAACCUCACCCAUGUUAUCCCUCACAUGGCCAAGGCUGUUCCUGACCCAAGUACUUCGUAUCGCCGUUCAACUAAGGCAAAUUCUACACCCAAAGCACAGACGCAAUCACCAGUGCAUCUUCCUACGCCUGCUCAGUCCAUGGUACUCCCGACGCCAAAACGGCGUCGAGAGUCCUCGCCAGCACCAGCGCCAGUACAGGCGCCACGACAAACUACCCCUACAUCUCUUCCUCCUCCGCGUAGAUCGGCUCGCACGAAGAGCCCAGCGCCUAUGCCUUUGCCGAUGGAGGUCAAGUCUCCGCGUAGCGUGAAGGCCACGAAGAUUUUAAGGGUAGCAGAAGUAGGCACUCCCGGUGGAUCGGAUGAGACCAUCGUAGAGGAAGAAGCAGAGACCAUUGAGAUCUCAAGGCCGAAUAUGAGCCAGGAUAUUGCGGAGCAAAAAGAGCUGAUCGACGGGCUGAAGGCCAAGCGUGAAGCAGCGAAAAAGAAGACGGAAGACGUGGUGAUGGACACGGAAAUGGAUAUGGAGGCCGAAGCGGAGGAUGCUGCACCAGCUUCUGUGGUGAAGAGACCACGGGAAGAAGAAGAGCAACAACCACUGCAAUUUGAGUUUAAAGAGCCAGAAGUCGAGGAAAGGCAAAUUGCCACUAACAAGAGGGUUGGGAUGUUCCAAAUGGGACCAAAGAAAAAGUCGUUUGCUUGGGGUGUCGCAGCAUUUGCGGAGCUAACUAUUCACGCAGGUCAUUCUUACCCAACUUCUUCUAGUGAAAACGAAUAUUAUCCUUCUCUCAAACCAUAA